AACCUAGUCCAACCGCCAGAGCGGUGAUUAAAGAAGAUAGUAUUCGCAUAGUGAAGAGGGAUCUGCUUAUUAUGACAAUAGCAGUUGUCGGAGAACGAGAGUGAUGAGUGUAUGUAUAGAAGGAGCGUAUGGUUUCUCUGAUAAAAGUCUCAAAAGAAAGAUAUAACGAAGGUUCGAGGAGAAGAGAAAAGAAUCAUGGAUAUGAUCAUGUAUUUUCGAACCACGCUGCUGGCGGCAAAAGAUAAAAUUAUAAUCUGUGCGGAACUGGAAUCAUUCUGUUAGCAUCCAUAUUGAAUAUUCGAGUCAGACUGCAACGAGGCGCAAGCCACACAAUCCCCAACGAAGAUGAUGUUCCCCCCCGCGCGCGCGUCCAUUUAUGUCUGAGGGAAGGUUUACAGCAGGUUUCCCUUUGCAGCAAAGCAUCCUCCUGGAGCAUCGGUUUGAGCACCCGGAGUGGAACGACGACGGUAACAAGCAUCACCACCACCACCACCAUCACCAUCACCACCACCACCAGGGCAAGGCGAAGCAAGACAACUCAAGAUCAAAAGAUAGACUGGUACAUACUCAUCAUCACAGGCAUGAUCGGAAUUUGCCAGUUACUGCUGCAGGAGCAGUUGACAGGACACGAAACGAGAGAAGAUCGACGAUAAUAUUAAUAGUCGAACUGGAGAGCCAUUGCGUUUAUUUCCGAGUCCACUUGAGGAUCGUCGAGACCCGACGACAAUCAUCGGGCUUUAUUUUUCCUUGCUUUUUUUUUUGGCUUAAAACUAUUAUUAUUUCCCUGUCUCUUCAACCUCUUAAGCCCGCCCCCCCCCCCUCUCCCCGAGUCCCCGACAGGGCCACAUACGUCUGUGCUGAGGGAGGGGGGGGGUCACCGUUGCUCGAAUGAACGGAUGUCAGGUUCGGAGGCGUCGUAUCCCGUGCUCUGUCGACGCCACAGACCCAGACUUUCUAGUAUCUAGGAAACUACU